UGUACUUAAAGCCAAGCAAACAGACGAAGACGGCAGGCUAUGGUCUUUCGGAGAAUUUUCGAAUUCACGAUCUUAAACAAGUAUCAACAAAUAUCUCAAUUCACGUUUUCCAAAAGCCACGGAACGUGCAUUAAGUUUGGAGCGAUAUCUGAAGUGAAGAUUGAAGACGUGAUAGAAGACGGACGACUACUGCUAUGCUAAGAUGGCGACGUCAUGUCAAAGAGAAAGUGAAAGAGAAUCAGAAACUUCCAGCAAAUCACCAACGGAGAUAAAGACCAAAGAUGAAGACGUCCAGCAGCUGAUCGGUAAUCCAGAAGAAGUUUCCCCUCAGUCAGGGGGGAGCUCCACUUUGAAGCAGGAGACUCCACAACCACCCUGCAUUAAAAAGGAAGAGGAGGAACUCUGCAUCACUCAGGAGGGAGAGUGUCUUCUAGGACGAGAGGAAGCUGAUUACACCAAGUUUCCACUGACUGUUGUCUCUGUGAAGACUGAAGAUGAUGAAGAGAAACCACAAGUAGACAACCUCUUAGCUCCACUGUCAGAUAGUGAGGCUGAAGACGAGGUUGAAGAACCUUUGAGCAGCGAUACAGACUGUGAAGGUGAUAUGAGGACUCACACUGACAACAAACACUCUGAAUGCUCUUCAAAGAAGAGAGGUAAAACAUGUUUGAGCUGCUCACUUUGUGCUGAAAGUUUUACUAAAAAGAGACAUUUGACUCAACACAUGAGAACACACACAGGAGAAAGAACAUUUAAGUGUUCCGUUUGUGACAAAAGCUUUUUUCGAAAAAGGUAUUUGAUUCAACACAUGAGAACACACACUGGUGAAAAACCAUUUAGUUGUUCAGUUUGUGGCAUAAGUUUUUCUCGAAAUGGCGAUUUGACUCAACACAUGAGAACACACACAGGAGAAAAAACAUUUAUUUGUUCAGUUUGUGGCAUAAGUUUUUCUCGUAAUGGCAAUUUGACUCGACACAUGAGAACACACACCGGAGAAAAAACAUGGAAUUGUUCAGUUUGUGGCAAAAGUUUUUUUCGAAAUAGCUGUUUGACUAAACACAUGAGAACACACACAGGUGAAAAACCAUUUAAUUGUUCAGUUUGUGGCAACAGCUUUUCUUAUAAGAGCACUUUCAUUGAACACAUGAGAACACACACAGGUGAAAAACCAUAUAAGUGUUCAGUUUGUGGCAAAAGCUUUUCUGCUAACAGCAAAUUGACACAACAUAUGAGAUCACACAGUGGACUAAGACCAUUUAAUUGUUCAGUUUGUGAUAAAAGCUUUCCCUAUAACAGCUCUUUGUUUCGACACAUGAGAAGACACGCUGGAGAAAAAACAUUUAGUUGUUCAGUGUGCUGUAAAAGGUUCCCACAUAAAGCAGACGCAGUAAAACACAUAAGAACACACAAGGAAUAGUAAGCAAUUAGCUGUUUAGUUUGUGGUAUGUUGCUCAUAUGUGGUGAUAUCCACCCUACCCAGGACCUCCUCACUGUUUCUUUCACAAAUAUCUGAGGUAUUAUCAAAGGUGGGUAGAGUAGCCAGAAAUUGUACUCAAGUAAGAGUACUGUUACUUUAGAAAUGUAUUACUCAAGUAAAAGUAAGGAGUAGUCACCCAAAUAUUUACUUGAGCAAAAACUACUCAAAUACUGAGUAACUGAUGAGUAACCUGUUCUUUUAAUGAUGACGGCAACAAGUAAUGCACAAAAACAUAAAAAUAGCAAUGAAGAAAUUCAGAGCCAGGAAUAUCUGUGAAGCAACUAAAACAAUAAUAUAUAUUAAAUAAUAUAUAUUUGGUUUUACAAUGUAUUGGAAAAAAAUUUGAAAAAAAAGUUUGCCUUUGCAACCUCGUAUUACUAUUGGCUAAGUUUUAUAUUCAUAAAUGUAAGUUUCUCAAUACCCGUGCCUUUGAAAAAGAUUUAGAACUCUACAUUAAAACACUCUACCUCUAACAACCAAAAGGCUGUGAAAACGGUGAUGCUGUGUUCCAAAUGUAAGUUAUUUACUGAGAUUGAGUGAGCCUAUGGCUUUGCGCUUUGUUUAUUUUAUAUAUAUAUUUUUUUGCAUUCUAUUUUAGUUACUUUGAAUUUACAACCCCCUGGCGGUGUUUUGUACGGUUUUUAUACUGUUUUGUCCAAACCCCGUUUCCAUAUGAGUUGGGAAAUUGUGUUAGAUGUAAAUAUAAACAGAAUACAAUGAUUUGCAAAUCCUUUUCAACCCAUAUUCAGUUGAAUGCAUUACAAAGACAAGAUAUCUGAUGUUUAAAGUCAUAAACUUUAUUUUUUUUUUGCAAAUAAUAAUUAACUUAUAAUUUCAUGGCUGCAACACUUGCCAAAGUAAUUGGGAAAGGGCAUGUUCACCACUGUGUUACAUCACAUUUACUUUUAACAACACUCAAUAAACGUUUGGGAACUAAGGAGACACAUUUUUGAAGCUUUUCAGGUGGAAUUUUUUCCCAUUCUUGUUUUAUGUACAGCUUAAAAUGUUCAACAGUCCGGGGUCUCCGCUGUCGUAUUUUAGGCUUCAUAAUGCGCCACAAAUUCUCAAUGGGAGACAGGUCUGGACUUUAGACAAGCCAGUUUAGUACCCGCACUCAUUUACUAUGAAGCCUCGCUGUUGUAACAAGUGACUUGGCAUUGUCUUGCUGAAAUAAGCAGGGGCGUUCAUGAUAAAGUUGCUUGGAUGGCAGCAUAUUUUGCUCCAAAAGCUGUAUGGACCUUUCAGCAUUAAUGGUGCCUUCACAGAUGUGUAAGUUACCCAUGCCUUGGGCACUAAUACACCCCCAUACCAUCACAGAUGCUGGCUUUUACACUUUGCACCUAGAACAGUCCUGAUGGUUCUUUUCCUCUUUGGUCCGGAGGACACGACGUUCACCGUUUCCAAAAAACAUUUUGAAAUGUGGACUCGUCAGACCACAGAACACUUUUCCACUUUGCAUCAGUCCAUCUUAGAUGAUCUCGGGCCCAGUGAAGCCGGCGGCGUUUCUGGGUGUUGUUGAUAAAUGGGUUUGGCUUUGCAUAGUAGAGUUUUAACUUGCACUUACAGAUGUAGCGACAAACUGUAGUUACUGACAGUGGUUUUAUGAAGUGUUCCUGAGCCCAUGUGGUGAUAUCCUUUAGAGAUUGGUGUCGCUUUUCGAUGCAGUACCGCCUGAGGGAACGAAGGUCCAUUAUAUCAUCGCUUAAGUGCAAUGAUUUCUCCAGAUUCUCUUAAUCUUUUGAUGAUUUUACGGACCAUAGGUGGUGAAAUCCCUAAAUUCCUUGCAAUAGCCUGUUGAGUAAUGUUGAUUCUAAACUGUUUGACAAUUUGCUCACGCGUUUCUUCACAAAGUGGUGACUGUUUCCCAAUCCUUGUUUGUGAAUUACUUAGCAUUUCACGGAAGCUGUUUUUAUACCCAAUCAUGGCACCCACCCGUUCCCAAUUAGCCUGCACACCUGUGGGAUGUUCCAAAUAAGUGUUUGAUGAGCAUUCCUCAACUUUAUCAGUAUUUAUUGCCACCUUUCCAAACUAAUUUGUCAUGUGUUGCUGGCAUCAAGUUCUAAAGUUAGUGAUUAUUUGCAACAAAAAAAGUGUUUGAGUUAGAACAGGGGUAGGGAACCUGCGGCUCUUGAGCCAGAUGUGGCUCUUUUGAUGACUGCAUCCGGCUCUCAGAUAAAUCUUAGCUGACUUUGCUUAACACGAUAAGUAAUAAAUGAUUCCGCUGGUAAUCACAGGGUUAAAAAUAACGUUCAAAAUUAAAAACAUUCUCAUGCAUUUUAUUCCAUCAAUCCAAGAAGUCCCAUUAAUGGUAAGAAGUAUUUCAUUUAUUAUUUGUUAGCUUCAGAAUAACAAUGUUAUUAAAAAGAAUAAGAGACUUAUUAUACUCUAAAAAUGUUGGUCUAACUUAAAAAUGCGCACAUUUAGUUGUAUUCAGUGUUAAAAAAUAUUGGUAACACUUUAGAAACGGGAACAUAUUCUAAGUAACAAAGACUUGAUUAAGAGUUAUUUGGACACUAGGGGACCAUAUAAGGGUUAGGGAUACUAAUAAGCAAUAAUUCUGAGGUUAUAAGGGAAGACUCUUAGUUAAUGGCUUACUGCUUGUAAAAUAAGGCCAUGCAGAAAAAGGCAUUAGUAAGUACUUAAAAAUGACUAAUUAAGAGCUAAUAUGAUACGAAUGUGCAUGUUAAUAAGCAACUAAUUAAUGGUGAAUAUGUUCCCCAUAUCAAAGUAUUACCAAAAUAUAAUAUGGCUCUAACGGUAAUACGUUUGUAAAAUAUUUGGCUUUCAUGGCUCUCUCAGCCAAAAAGGUUCCCGACCCCAGAGUUAGAACAUCAAAUAUGUUGUCUUUGUAGCAUAUUCAACUGAAUAUGGGGUGAAAAGGAUUUGCAAAUUCCGUUUAUGUUUACAUCUAACACAAUUUCCCAACUUAUAUGGAAACGGGGUUUGUACUUACUUUUAUUAUUAUUUUCAACUGUUUGUAAAUGUUGAAAUUCAUAAAUAAAGGUUUAUUAAAAAAAAAAAAGGGUGCAGUUAAUCAUGUGACCGCCUGGCUCUGUGUGACUGUUGCUACUCUUAAUUAUUAUAAUUUGUUUUAUUUCUCUAAAAACAGAAUAAAAGGGAAUUUAAAUCAAAAUGUAUAAAAGUUCAUAAGAAGGCCAUCCAUCCAUCCAUCCAUCCAUCAUCCAUCCAUCCAUCCAGUCGUAUUUUUAAGUGAUCAUGCCAUGAUUUUACCCGCCCACAUGGAAAUAGAUUUUCCUCCAUGCGGCCCCUGAGCUAAAAUGAGUUUGACAGCCCUGCUGUAAUCUGACUCAUGUGAGCAGGUUACUGUAUAAACACAUUUUGUUAUAAGUUAUAAAAAUGUGUUCAGUUCUCAGAGACACAUCAAUGUCAGGCUGACAAUCGCUCUUCCGCUUUCUCCAAACACGAGAACAAAGCAGCUCCUACUGACUUGUGAUUGGUCAGACCGUGCCGAUCUUAAUCACAUGGCUAAUUGCAAUAUAAUAAAUUGUAACACAAUUGAAUAUCUUAUAUGCUCAGACAGUAAUGUGUUUAUAUAAGUUUAGAUUGUGUUAUGAUGUUUGUAAUGGGGAAAGACGUUAAUGUGUCUUGUUUUCAUGUUUGCAUUUAAGAUAGUUGACAUUUGUUAACUGGUGAUUAGUGAUGUUAAGUGCCUAAGAUGGUAGUUAUUGAUUAGCAGUGCGAUGAGGGCUUUCUGCUGGUGAGUGAUUAGCACUACAGUUAGAGCCACCUAUCGCCAGGUAGAAAUGAGCAGUUUCACCAACAUUUUGAUGUGAAACCAUAUUACUAACUGUCUGCUGUUUUACAGGAUUCAUGGAAGUUUAUUGUCAUAGCAGCACACGAUACACAUGAGAUGGCACACAAUUUAGUAGCAGGUGAACAAUAGGAUUGGUCCUGGUGGAGAUCUACACUCUUAGGGCUUUUCUUCUUUAUUCAGAGUCAUGAUUUGACUUUCUAAAAGGUUUUUAUCAACUAAGUGGGUUGAAAAAUAUUUCUGUGUUUCUUGUACUUCUUAAAAUGUAUGAUUUUUCUCUUCGAUGUAUGCCCUUAUUCUGGUUUGAACAACAGCCAUCGAAAAAGUCUGUGCAUGUGCUUGUAUAUAUAUAUAUAUAUAUUUUGUUUUCAAAGAGUAGUUGUU